AUGGAAUCUAGCGUCUCUGGUACUAAUGGUCUGAAACUUAUUUUGACACCCAGGACAAGUGUGGCGACAUCUUUCCGCGGUCUGUAUCGCCUCCAUCUCUUCUUUGCAACCGGCGUGGUCAAACGGGCAGCAGACGGCGAGGCGGCUCAGCAGCAGACGGGUCUGGAGACCUACAAAUACGCCGAUGCGGUCAUCAAGGCCCCCAAGCGCAUCAUAAAGAGCAAGAAGGUCAAUGAUUUCCCGUUCCUUGCCUAUGAGUUAAGCCAACUGAGUAAUCAGAGCUUGGUGUGGUAUACUAUCAGGUCGCUUAUUACCAGCAGCCUCACACCCAAAGGAAACGGGUCCCUUCCAGCUAGAUUAAUAGCACGCCUCAGCUCAUUAGCCUUCUGCUGGGCCCUGGAGCAAUGGUAUUCUCAAGUGGGGGUUACCGCGCUUCAGUAUGUUUACGAGAGGCAGAACGUACCCGUCGUUACCAAGAGCUCUGGUGUUACGCAUCCAAAUUUGAAAGAGUUUGCCCGGGAGCGACAGGCGACCGACUUUCGCGAAUGGGCCCAGUACUAUGCUUUUAAUGUUAUUGGGGUUUCCUCAUAA